AUGGAUGCACCAGGUCACGGUGAUGACGGGAGACCAUUCCAUCUCGUGACUCCCGUGCUGGAGAGCAUGGCUCUUUCACGUGCUGCUGGCACCCAGGUCUACAUGAAACUGGAGAAUGUCCAGCCUGCUGGUUCCUUCAAGAUCCGAGGGAUUGGCUACUUUUGCCAACAGGUCGUCAAGGAGGGCUGCCAACAUCUGGUUUGCUCCUCAGGUGGCAAUGCCGGUCUUGCUGCAGCACAUGCAGCUGGAAAACUAGGAAUCCCAGCCACCAUCGUCGUACCUGGAAGUGCAACGCAGGUGACAGUCAAGAAGUUGGAGCAGAUGGGAGCAGACGUGGAGGUCUUUGGGAAGGUGUGGGAUGAUGCCAAUGACAGAGCGAUGGUGCUAGCCAAGGCAGAUGGCUGGGUCAACAUCCACCCUUUCGACCACCCCUUAGUAUGGAAGGGACAUAGCAGCAUUGUCAAAGAGCUGAAGGACUUCCUGGGUGCCAAGCCAGGCGCCAUUGUGCUCUCCGUGGGAGGAGGUGGACUGCUGUGUGGGGUGGUGUCUGGUCUGCAGGAAGUGGGCUGGCUGGAUGUGCCCGUCGUUGCCGUGGAGACGAGAGGGGCGGACAGUCUCAAUGCAGCCAUCCGUGCUGGGCAUCUUGUCACGCUGCCUGACAUAACCAGUGUGGCGAAGUGCCUCGGUGCUAAGACAGUGGCGCAGAGGGCCUUGGAUUGCACCAAGGAGUGGCCGGUCAUCUCUCAUGUCCUGGAUGAUGUGGAGGCACUGAAAGCUGUGGAGCAAUUCCUGGAUGACGAGCGCAUGUUGGUGGAGCCGGCCUGCGGGGCUUCCCUGGCCUUCCUCUACUCUGGCUAUGUUCAGCAGCUGCAGGAGGAAGGCCGGCUGAGCCGCCAACUGGACUCCAUCGUUGUCAUCGUCUGUGGCGGAAGCAGCAUCCAGAUGGAGGGACUUCGGGCCAUGAAGAGCCAGCUGGGGAUGAAGUGA